UAUCUAUCCUUCAGAGUGUAAACGUGUCUUGACUAGCUGGGAGGUGUUUUUUUUUUCUUAACAAGGCUAAUGUUUGACUAGAAAGAAGGAGGUCCGAGAAAGAUUUCACUGUUUCUGGAUUACCAUUGAAUCAAGCAGUGCAGUUCGCAGGGAUUCAUGCCACUUUAAGAAGCGAACAGAAUCUACAUCGUCUUAUUGGUGGUCUGAGCACAGCUUUAAACAGGCCAUGGAGGUGCUGGUGCUUCUAGGCUUUGAGGCCACGAUGCCAGAUGAGUUAACCGUGCAUGUAGGGGAUAUAGUGAAGAACGUCUCCAAAGCCAAAGAGGAAGGAUGGCUGGAGGGAGAUCUGAGAGGAAAGAGAGGCAUGUUCCCUGGCAACUUCGUCAAGGAAGUGCCUGUUUACUUAAUAGGGGACAGCAACAGAGAGCCAAGAAGCAUUAGGAAAACAAAGAAAACGACGGUCCAGACGAGGAAAUGCGAGGUGGUUUUUCCCUACGUCCCCACACACGAGGACGAGCUGCAGCUGCUGGUCGGAGAGACCAUCGAGAUUCUCAGAGAGAUUGAAGAUGGGUGGUGGAUGGGAAAGAAAAAUAACCAAAUAGGAGCCUUUCCAUCCAAUUUUGUAAAGGAAAUUUUUGUCCCUUCAAAAGAUGAUGCCAAAGCCAGACCUAAGCUCUCUGGAUCGGUCUUCGGUAAAGAGGGAAAGCUACAACAGAGACCAAGUUUACGGAAAAAAACGUCAAACGUGAAAGAAUGCUGUCAGGUCAUGUUCGACUACGCUGCUGUUGCCGAAGACGAGUUGAACCUGAAGAAGGGAGACGUCAUAACAGUUAUCAACAAGUCCACUGAGGAUGAUGGCUGGUGGGAGGGGGAAGUGAACGGACGCAGGGGCUUUUUUCCUGAUAACUUCGUCAUGCUGAUCCCAGCGGAGACUCUUCAAACUGGGAAUGCGGGCCAAGCACCGGUGAGAAGUGGCUCAAAGAAAGAUUCAGAAAACCAGAUGCCAGUGAUGGACCAGAACAGCUCUGAUACGAAACCAAAGACGGAGACUAAAAUUGACAAACCAGACAAUAAAGACUUCCGAAGUGACCCACCUGGUAAAAUCAAGUUGCCUGGUCUGCACAAACCACCCGUUCCACCUCCACCAGUGAAGGACAAGGCCAUAAAGAAGGAUCCAAAAAAUGCUGAAGAGCCACAGAAACAACCGCCGCCUCCUUCUCCAGUGCACAAAGAGGUAAAAGACAUUAAGGAGGUUAAAGAUAAGACCCCUGACCAGUUUGAUGGUGUAGACGUGUCCUCAGAGAAACUGAGCCAUCCCACGGCCAACAGAGCUAAACCUCCACAGAGGAGACCACCAACAGCCCUCGCCACUGCUAUACAAGGUCCUGCUGAAACUGACUGCAGCAAACCUUCAGAGGAGAAGGAUGGAGCACCACAACAUAUUCCAGAGGCUACAGAAUCCCAGUCAGCACCUUCCAGUAAGACAGAGCCGGUGACUUCACCUUCUAAAAUCCAGACUGACAGCAGAUCAGCGGUUCAGGAGGACGGUGCGUCUCUGGCCUCGGUGCUAACUGAACUCAAGGAGCUCCGCAUGUCUCUGGAUCUGCUGAAAGCACAGCAUGAGAGAGACAUAAAGGAGCUGAAAGAAGAACUGAAAGACGAGACGGAGAAGCGCACCAGAUUACAGGACGAAGUGACUGCCUUGAGGAAAAAACAGUGACCAGCGAACAUCAGGAGAACUUCACAAUCUCAGUGAUCUUCUGAAUAUGGAUACAGAAAGACAGUAAUGCGGUGCUGAGUGGAAUGUGAAGGUAUGAGGAAUCAUAUAGAAAUCCAGCACUUGUGACUUGUUGAAUACUUCCUGGUUCAGCAGACCAGAAAUCUGAUCUCCAUUCAGACGGCAAUCAAACUACAACAACACCUCUUCUUUCUUACAUAAAUCAGCUCAUUUGGUUAUGGGAGCUCUCUCUCGGUUUGCUUCUUGAGACUCAUAUAUAUAUAUAUGUGCAUUUUGAAAUAUGUAAAUAUCAAAUACUGAAUGUCUUAUAUUUCCGUGGACAUUUAGGGUGAAACUAGGUCAUGUUUCAAAGUAUUUAACACUUUCUGUUGUUGUUGUUAUUAUGUUUCUGUUUUGUGGCUGUACUCUAUAGAAUCUCAAUCAAUAAAUAUUGGCAUUUAUAUUGCUAACAUGUUUUACUCCAAAA